CUCUGCAUAAACCGGCGAUGCUCAAGGAAGGAGGCUGAGGGAGUGCAAAAUGGAAGAUGAAGAAGAGCCACCGAUGGCUGUUCAAAUCCGACCGGAUGUUUCUGUCGGAAAGAAUCUCUCAUCAAGCGACGCUGUUUCAGUUGGUGUCAGUGUCAUCACUGGCUAUCUCGGCGCGGGAAAAUCCACCCUUGUGAAUUAUAUACUGAAUGGGAAACAUGGGAAGAGAAUCGCUGUGAUUUUGAAUGAGUUUGGGGAAGAGAUUGGAGUUGAGAGGGCUAUGAUAAACGAUGGAGAAGAAGGUGCCAUUGUUGAGGAAUGGGUUGAGCUUGCUAAUGGAUGUGUUUGCUGUACUGUUAAGCAUAGCCUUGUUCAAGCUCUCGAGCAGCUUGUUCAGAGAAAAGACAGACUUGAUCAUAUAUUGCUGGAGACUACAGGUUUAGCAAAUCCGGCUCCACUGGCUUCUAUCCUUUGGUUGGAUGAACAGUUAGAAUCAGAAGUCAAGCUUGACUGCAUUGUUACUGUUGUGGAUGCAAAAAAUCUUCGUUUUCAGCUCAAUGAGCGCCGUGACACAUCCUCGUUUCCCGAGGCUUUUAAUCAAAUAGCAUUUGCGGACACGAUAAUAAUGAACAAGGUGGACUUGAUUUCUCAAGAGGAGUCUGAUGAAUUGGAGAAGGAGAUUCAUUCCAUCAACUCACUCGCCAAUGUUAUCCGGUCUGUUAGGUGCCAAGUUGAUUUGUCCAAUAUAUUAAACUGCCAGGCAUAUGAUUCAACUCAUGUUAGUCGUCUGGAAUCCCUGCUGGAAGCAAAUAAAUCAUUAACGACGACAGAUCUUCACGAUAGUGGGGUAAGGACUCUAUGCAUCAGCGAGCCGCAACCUAUAAACCUCGAUAAGGUUCGUUUAUGGCUAGAGGAAAUUCUGUGGGAUAAAAAAUUGGAGAUGGAUAUAUACCGUUGCAAGGCUGUGUUGAGCAUUCAAAACUCAGACCAACUGCAUAUAUUGCAGGCUGUUAGAGAGAUAUAUGAGAUAGUGCCAGCGCGAAAAUGGAGCGAGGAAGAGAACCGGACGAACAAAAUAGUAUUUAUAGGACACAAACUGGAUGAAGAAGUUCUUAGAAGCGGACUAAGAGAUUGCAGACCCUAAAGGAGAACACAAAGUUGCAGUGACAACCAGAUUGGUCUAUUUUGGUUUUCUCCCAUCUGGCUUUUAAGUUUUAACGUCAUGCACAAUACUUUAUAUCAAUUGUUAACUUGAUCAGUUGUUUUGUAUUAUAGAUUUGUAACAACAGUGUAAGGUUAUUUAGUUUUACUA